AUGGGUCAGAUUCCCCAGAUCCCACAGUCGUUCCCCUCCGUGCAGCCAGAUCCGAUGUUCAGAUGGAACGGCGUAGAUGGAACCGGGUUCGUCGACACCGGAAACGCCGGGUUGAAUUCUUUUCCCAUGCUACCGGCAACAAAUACCUACGGUCAGGGUGUUCCUGCUCCCUCUAAUGUUCUGGCUAGGCGGCAGAAUAGCCGGGCCUUGGUUCCGACUGCUACCGGCGCAACGUUCAACCGCGCCUCUGACUGGACUGGGUACGGCGAGGACCCUGCGUUUCUUCAACCGGCGAAUUCGGGCGUGGACGAGCAUGACAACAUAGAAAGGCUUGAGGAAAGUGCACAAAGGGCAAAACGGGAUGCGCAGGCCAAGCGGAAGCAGAUCCCACCGUUUGUACAGAAGCUUAGCAGCUUCCUGGACGAAUCGCGGAACACUGAGUUAAUCCGCUGGUCUGAUAAAGGGGACUCGUUCAUUGUCCUUGAUGAGGACGAAUUUGCCAAGACCUUGAUUCCCGAACUCUUCAAGCAUAACAAUUAUGCAUCAUUCGUACGCCAACUGAACAUGUAUGGCUUCCACAAGCGCGUGGGGCUUUCCGAUAACUCUAUGAAGGCCAGCGAGAGGAAAAACAAAAGCCCAAGCGAAUACUCCAACCCGUACUUCCGCCGCGGCCACCCAAACCUCUUGUGGCUCAUUAACAAACCUAAGAGUGGGAACAGCAAAAAGAAGGGAAAGAAGGAUGAGGCCGAUGUCGAGAGCGAAGAUGAGGGUGUGGACGAAACAUACAUCACACAGAAUGCAUCGGCCGCCCAAACGCCGCGAGCCCCAGUUUCCCACGAAUUAGGUCCCCUUCAGAAGAAAGAUCUGGUGCAAGUCAAGUCUCAGAUCGAAAGGAUCCAACAACAACAGACGGCCAUUUCCACCAUGAUCAACAAGUUACGGCAGGAGCAGACCCAACUCUUUCAGCAGGCUCUGCUCUUCCAGAACAUGCACGAGCGGCACGAGAAUUCUAUUAAUGCCAUCCUUAACUUUCUCGCCAAUGUGUUUCGGAAAUCACUGGAAGAACAGGGUGGAACGCAGACUGUCCAAGACCUGCUAGCUAGCAUCAUACCCAAUGCACAGGGCCAUCCUCCAACACAAAUCUCGCCAACUGGGGGCGUUGUUGACCUGGGCGGGUUCGUUAACCGGGCUUCAAACGUACCGACAGUAGGCACUCCUAAAAGACAGCAGCGUCUGCUACCUCCCAUUCCCCACCACCAACCGGGCAAAGUGACCUCCUUGUCUUCAUCGAGUACCCCUACCCCGGCCGCACAGCCGUCAGAUCAGGCGCCUCCAAUGGGGACUAUCACCGAGCUGUUUGAUCCCUCUCCCAGCGACACCUCUUCCCCGUCCUACAUCAAGAAUGAGCUUCGGAGCAAUCCCCAGGAGGGUAUGAUGAAGAUUAUCCAGGACACCAACGCUGUCAACAGCGCAUCGGGCUUCGACCUGCCUGAUGUGGCGGCCAAGACCUCGGCGAGCAUGAGCGACGACCAGCGGGCGCGGAUGUUGAAUAUCAUGGCCGGUAGCAACGCCAACAUCCCGCCCGCUACCAACCCCAACUCCGUUCCCCCCGUCAACCCGCCAGCAGCAUCGAAUCCCACACAACCCGCGCCUGUGGCCCCAUCACCGAGCCUCGCCCUCUCGCCGAACCUCUCCUCGCUCCAGAUGCCGUCGUUACAUGAUAUCCAAAACACCCAGACUGAGCUCGACGCGCUGCAGCGGCUGCAGACGGAGCAGUCGGACCAGAUCGACGCCCUGACCAACCUGCUUGGUCCGUUGAGCCCAUCUGGCCGGAUUCCAGGUCUCGACGAAAACGGCAACCCCAACACGGGCUACUUUGACAAUGUAGUUGACUAUGAUCAGUUCUUGAACAACAACGCCUUCGCGGAUUCCGCAGGAUUUGAUGGCGGCGGGCUAGAUGGGAUCGGUCUGCAACCUGGAGGAGAUGAGCCGGACUUCAAUUUUACCUUGGACGGGAAUGAUCCGAACCCCUUUGGCACGGGGCCUAGCGCGGGUGGUAUUGGCGGACAGACUGGCAGUGCUGCAGCUGCUGGGACUAAUCUGGGCGCUACUGGCUUGGGGAUCAACACGACUGCUGGUACCGGUACGGGUGCUAGUGCAGGGGCAAAUACCGCCGGAUAUCAAUCAGGGAGGGUGUUUGAAGCGGCAUCGACCGGCAACAAUUCUCCAAGCCCUGCGGGCACUGAGGAGAUCGCUAGGCCGGAGUUGAACAGCCCCGAACGGGGAACCAAGCGGCGGAGGAAGGGUUAG